CUUUAAGCACUCUGAUUCCUGUUUACUAUAAAGAGAGGAGUGAUACAUCAGUAUAUCUCAUGUGAAAGUCUAUCCUAGUUUUACUGUGAAUACUGAGACAUAAUAUUUGAUAUUAAUUCAGUUUUAUUUCAUCAAACUAACUAUAAACUUAAAAGAUAUGCUGCUAUAAUAAUUUCCAGUGAUCUCAACAUUGGUUCAGUGAUUUAAAAUGUCUACUCAGAGUCAACGUGAUCGGUGAGACGACAUAUUAAACAGCUAAACUAAAACGAAAUAUGGCUGCCAUGCAGAUGAAAUUAACAGCAACCAGUACUCUUUACCUUGUGAUUACUUUUAUUGUCGUUCUGAUAUCAAUAAAUAUCGAUGCGAAGGAACUUGGAAGUAAUUGUGAAAUUAAAAUUUCCCCCAAUAUCCAUAAGAUUUUAUCUCGUUUUAUAAAAUCAGACAAAAAGGUUUUCAAUUUUGAUGUCCAUUUAUCCGACUCAAGGCUUGAUGUCUUAUUGAAUCCCGUACGAAUGGAUUAUUUCGCGAACGCGAGACAAUUUACCUGGAUUCCAGAGAAACCAGAUGGUUUGAUUGCGUAUAAGAAUUUCUAUUAUGAUUUUUCAAUUUACUCUUUGAAUUUAUUAGGAGCUUACAUUGCUACUCCUAGGGUUGAUAUCGAUAUAAAUUGUGGAAAACAAAAUAUUCAGAGACAUGAUCUAAUACAUUUGAUUUUCGGGGAAUUGAAGAGAAUUGUAUUAAUCGAUACAUUGGAAAUAGGAGAAUCUGGUUACAUGUGUUUUCUAAUAAAUUUAUCUCAAGACAUGAAGAAGAACAGUCCCGAGUCAUUAAAGGCUUACAGAAGAUUGGGUAUAAAUAGAGAGUUGGUGAAGAACUAUUGCUGUAAUCUCUAUAAAAAUGAAAGCUAUGUUUAUCACCCAAAAUUGAUUUGUUCUGGAAAUAUCAUGGAAAAUAGUAUGUUUCUCAAUUAUGCAAAUAUCGUCGGAGCUGUUGUUUGGGCAUAUUUUCCCUUAAUUAUUAGUGUUCUUUCACUUACGAAAUCACCUUCAUUUUCCCGUCAAAACACAUUGCCAUACAAAUUAGAAUGGAUCAACAAAAACCAUAAUACUUACAAUUUCCCUGAUUUUCUUUCUUGGUUAUUUUGCUUUCAUCAUUCCACUUUCUUGGCCUCAAGACUAAGAAGAUUCCUUUGUAUUUUAUUUUCUCUUUCAGUAAUUUUCCUGGAUCUUUUGAUGCAUUACUUCUUUUUAUAUGAAACAACCAAAAUACUUUUCCAAGAUGGUAUACCAUUGGGUCAUCUCGCCUUAAUAUUAGGUUUUUCACAAAGUUAUGAGAAUACAGAUGGCUUUUUUGGUGGUCCCUUUGUGUGGCUCAUCAGUUUCAUAUUUUUCAACUUGAUUCUCUUCAUCCUUCCCACCCGUGUAAGUGAGACUGUGGCGUAUAAUACAUUACAUCAAAGAUCCACUUUCACGUUUCUCAUUCAAAAUAUCACAUUAUUAGAGAAGUAUGGCAGUUUAAAUGUUUCUACACUACAGGAUUAUGAUCUACUCUAUGCAAUAAUGAAAGCUAAUAUUUCUACUGCUUUAAACCCAAAUUUCUGGCAUUUAAUAAUUUAUACUUGGAUUAAACGUUUUAAGAAAAUUUGGUUAUAUUACUACAGGAGAAAUAUUUUCUGCCAAUUCAUAUUGCUUUGGUUUUUUAUUGCGAUCACAAUUUUAUUUGCUGUAUUUUCUGUCUGUGAAUUAAUUCUGUGUUUGAUUUAUUACGGAAUCCCAACUGUUUAUUUGAUAUUAACUUUACCAGCAAGUUAUUUUAGAGUUUAUAUUCUUCCUCUUUAUCUGAAUGUUAAUAUUAUUUUCAGUUUUGUAGCUAUACUUAUUACUUUUCUAUCGUUUCCGUUUUAUAUAUUAUGGGCCCUUUAUUCAAUCUUUAUAUUUCUUACAAGUUUCCACAUCUUAUGCUACUACAUAUUUACGAUAGCUGUUGCACUUCUUGCUGAACCUGAUAAUGUCGGUGACGUAUGGUUUGUUGCCAUGUUUUUCGUGUAUUGCAUUGCAAUUGUGAACGCUAAUAUAAGGCAGUAUCAAUCAGUAAUAGUUAAUUCUGUAAAGCUCGUUAAAGUUUUUCGUCCAAAUUUAGUUCAGACAAAUUAUGGAGAAGAAUUCAUAAAUGCCAGUUUGUUCAAGACAAUUGUUAACCGUCAUUUUCCAUUGAGAUUCGAGAUUGGUAAAUCCAUUGUAAAACUGUUUCUAAUCGUAUCUUUUUUCUGUGCUUGCAACAAUAUAAUAAGUCGAAAUGAUUUCGACUUAUCAACGUUCACAAAGAUUUCUUUGAUAUUGAUGACGUCUUUGAUACCUAAAUUAUUGGCGAUAAUUAAUGCUAAAUUUGGUUUAACUAUAUCCCUGACACAUAAAAUUAUCGAAACGAUUAUUGUAUUUGACGAUGGCGCAGCACCACAUACCAGUUUGUCAAUUUAAUUAUUUUCAGUAAAAUACAGUUAUGAAAUUUUCUGAAAUUUCUUUCUAUUCUCUAAAUACAUUUUAUCAUCUAAUAACGGCAAUAUGCAUUGACGUAUACAGAAACACAGAAUCGCAAACACAAAUCAAAAGAAAUCCAAGACAACAUAAAAGGAAACAAUUCAACAUAUGUCAAAAUUCCGAAACCCAUAGAUAUGAAAAUAAGUUUUAUCCGAGACGAUACCUAAAAGUGUCCAUCAGGAAACAAAUCUAGUUAGUUUCGAUGUAACUAGUCUAUGCACCAACAUGCCACAAGACCUAGGAAUUGAAGCUAUAAACUUCUGGUUAACAAAAACACUCGAACGAUAUCAUGGAAAGAUUCUCAAAAACUUUCAUUGUAGAAGGAUCAAAAUUAAUUUUGGAAAUUAAUCACUCUUCCUUCGAUAACAACUUCUACUUACAAAUAAAAGGAACGGUGAUGGUGACAAAAGUAGCCCCCACAUAUGGAACACUCGUUAUAGGCUUCUUAGAGGUCAAACUUUAUUCCCAACUAACAGAAACAUUUAACGAACAAUUCUCCAUUUAUAUAAAAAACAACAACAAUUGGAAACGAUGUUUGGACGAUUGCUUUAUAUUCUGGACCAAACAUCAAGAAGACUUCAGAAUAUUUGACUCAUUUUUAAACAACUUCCACACUUGAAUAAAAUUCACUAUGGAAAAAAAUUCAAACGAAUUGCCAUUUUUGGACUUCUAAUUAAAGAAAAUAACACUAUAAAAACAUAUCUCUUCUACAAAUCUACAGACACACACCAAUAUUUGAACUUUCAUUCCUCCCAUCGCUUACAUACCAAAAGGAACAUACCAUUUAAUAUGGUAAAAAGAAUUUGCACGAUAGUAAUUGAUGCAGAAUUAAGAGACACAAGAUUACAGGAAUUAAAUAUAUUUCAAAAGGAACAAAAAUCCCACUAGCUUAAUUGAGACAGCAAUCAUCAAAGCAAAACACAUUCUAACCACAACCCUCAGAGGAAAACAAACACACAAACAUAAAAAUAAAAAACGAACACAUAAGCAUUCUUUUUGUCAUCACUCACAACCCAAGAAAUCACGACGUCAUCAACACUGCAAAUUGAUAUCCCCCAAUCCUUCAACAUUCAUCUAGAAUUAACCAAUUAAUAACAAAUUCAAAAACAAUUUAUAGCUGACCGCAAGCAGCCAACAUAAAAAACCUCUUAACCCAAGCAAAAUUUACAACCAGAGAAACAACAGAGAGAGUUAGAAAAUGUGUUGACCCUCGUUGUGGAACGUGUGACUACAUUGAAGAGGGAGUACAACUUACUUUCAAA